CCAGGUCGGGCCAGCCGAGGAGACCAGUCUCGUGGGGCUUAUCGCAGUCCGGCCUGGAGAGCGACCGCCCUCUCGCGUCAUCGCGCCGAUCUCGCGAUCAGCUGAAGCCAAUCACCCGACAUGCUCACGAUCCUGAAUGCUGAGGAGUGCCAGGGCCCAGCUGAAAUGGUCGUCUGCCGGGCCGCAAGUGGGACUGAUAGAUUAGGAAUGACGUCUCCUAGUCGGGGGUAGCUGGCAGUCAUAAAAAGCCGGUGUUGUACCCUCGUCUUCCGUCGGUUCUUCUCUGAUCAUCGUCGGGUUUCUCACAUACCCAUUGAACACUCACAGCUUUCACUUUGCCCACCAUGGCUACCAAGAUCAAGCUCAUCCCCAACCUGAAUUUCAAACGUUCGGGGACCAAGUCCUAUGUGCAUAUGAUGCGCAAGUACCGUUUCAAGCCCACCAAGCCCGGUCCCUACACCCUCAGCAGCACGCUUCAGCAGACUGGUCGGCCAUACACCGAUAAGCCCAUCGGUGGCCGGGCCCAUAUCCGCCAGGUGAUCCGGAAGACGACCUCGGCUAGCGGCGAGGUGGGCGAAGUCCCAGCAGAGGAUGUGCAGAACGACUCCGAGUACCUGGCAACAGUCGGGAUUGGAACGCCGGCGCAGAGCCUGAAGUUGGACUUUGACACGGGAUCUGCUGAUCUCUGGGUCUGGUCGACGAAGCUCCCGUCGACAAUCUUGUCGGAGAACAAGACUCACGCAGUUUUCAACCCGUCCGAAUCCAGCACCUUCAAGAACCAGGAAGGUGAAUCAUGGCAGAUUUCGUACGGGGACGGAUCCUCUGCGUCCGGUAGCGUUGGGACCGACGAUGUCAACAUUGGUGGACUGGUUGUCAAGAACCAGGCCGUCGAGUUGGCAGAGAAGAUGUCGACCGCGUUUGCCCAGGGCGAGGGUGACGGGCUGCUCGGACUUGCGUUCAGCAACAUCAAUACCGUUCAGCCCCAGUCGGUGAAGACCCCGGUCGAAAACAUGAUUCUGCAGGACGACAUUCCCAAGUCCGCGGAGCUGUUCACAGCGAAGCUGGACACCUGGCGGGACACCGAUGAGGAGUCGUUCUACACGUUCGGGUACAUUGACCAGGACCUUGUCACGGCGGCCGGCGAAGAGGUCUACUACACCCCCAUCGACAACAGCCAGGGCUUCUGGCUGUUCAACUCGACCUCGGCGACGGUGAACGGCAAGACCAUCAACCGGUCUGGAAACACGGCGAUCGCCGACACCGGCACCACCCUGGCGCUGGUGGACGACGAGACCUGCGAGGCCAUCUAUAGUGCGAUUGAGGGCGCGUACUAUGACCAGGAAGUGCAGGGCUGGGUCUACCCAUCCUCCACGUCAAGCGACAACCUGCCCGUAGUCUCAUUUGCCGUGGGAGACAAGCAGUUUGUCGUGCAGAAGGAGGAUCUGGCGUACACAGAGGCCACGACCGGAUACGUGUAUGGUGGAAUCCAGAGCCGUGGCAGCAUGGACAUGGAUAUCCUGGGCGAUACCUUCCUGAAGAGCAUCUAUGCAGUCUUUGAUGUUGGGAACCUGCGGUUUGGAGCCGUGCAGCGAGAGGAGCUGCGCCAGAGCCUUGCGCAGUAGGUGGGCUUGCCAUGAUGACGACUUAUGUGACUAUGUGCUUUUGGGGUUUAUCUGUGUC